AUGGGUAAAAGAAAUAGAGCUGCUACGCUUCCUACAAACUUGCCACAACUGCAGAAUCUGAUAAAACGAGACCCUGUCUCUUACAAGGAAGACUUUUUGCAGCAAUUCAGACAUUAUGAAUCUCAGUUGACUAUAUUUAAGCUAAAACCAGACGAGGAUGCGGAAGACUUUGGCUCUUUGGUCACCUUCAUAUCACAGGUUGCUCAAUGUUAUCCAGAGGAAACAAGAGCUUUCCCACAACAGAUAAUAGAUAUCUUGUCUGAGAACUAUCAGAUCAUGUAUCCUGAGCUUCGUAGGACACUAGCGCAAGGCACUUCCGGAUCAGAUGGUGGUCCAGCGCGCCAAGAAAAAGAACCGUUCAAACAGGAAAUGUCUGAAAAUGCUAUUGCAGCAAAGAAAAGUUUGGACGUCUGUAUUGAGCUAUACAAGAAAAAUGUAUGGAAUGAUGACAAGACCGUGAAUGUCAUAGCGGAAGCAUGUUUUCAUCCUGUGACAAAGAUAAAAGUCACAGCGCUCAAAUUUUUCUUGGGCUCUAAUGAAGACGAAGAAAGCGGAAGUAGUUCGGAGGAUGAUGUGCCCGACAUACGGAGAUUGCAACACGUCAACCAAAUAAAUAAAAAAAAGAAAUCAAAGGCGCGCAAAAUGGAAAAAGCUUUGGCGAAUGUACGAAAAAAGGAAAAACAAAAGCAUAAGGCAGAGAACUUUAAUUUUUCGGCUUUGCAUCUUUUGAAUGAUCCUCAAGGAUUUGCCGAAAAGUUAUUUUCGAUAUUGCAACAGUCAUCUAAUAAUGAUCGUUUUGAAGUCAAAUUAAUGACAAUGAAUUUGAUCUCGCGUAUUAUCGGCAUCCACAAGUUAAUGUUGCUAGGAUUUUAUCCGUAUCUAAUAAGAUAUCUGCAACCCCAUCAACGUGAUGUUACUUUGGUUUUAGCCAUCCUGGCACAAGCAACUCAUGAACUUGUACCCCCAGAUGCAUUGGAGCCGGUUGUAAAGGCGAUAGCAAACGGUUUUAUCAACGAUCGUUGUGCUGCUGAGGUUAUGAUUGCUGGCUUGAACGCCAUACGAGAAAUCUGUGCACGUCAACCUCUCGCUAUCGAUGCGACGCUGUUACAAGAUCUGACCGAGUACAAGUCGGAUCGUACCAAGGGCGUGAUGAUGGCUGCGCGAUCGUUAAUAGCCUUAUACAGGGAAUUAAAUCCCGAGCUGUUGCAUCGCAAAGACAGAGGUCGAACUGCUAGUAUGAACAUGAACGAUUACAAGCCGUUGCAAUAUGGUGAGGUCAAAGUAGUCACUGACGAGGUCAUCGAUGAGGUCACCGGGGAGAAACGAAAAUUAGAUUCAACUCAACAUGAGGAACUAUCAGACGUAGUUGAUGUAAACACCAUAACAGGUCCUCGCAAAAAGGCUAAGCAAGAUUAUGACGAGCGCGUGGAGUCGGCGAGAGCUGGCCGUGAGGGGCGUGAAAAAUAUGGAGCGCACAAAAAUAAGAGAGCAGAGGGCGCUAGCACUACAAAUAAAGAAAAAGUCAGGAAUAAAGCAUUCAUGAUGGUAGUACACAAGAGAAAUACGCUUACCAUGAAAAAGAUGAGUUUAAGAAAGAAACAGAUACUGCUAAAAAAGCAACAAGGAAAGAAGAAACGAUAA